AUGGCAUCAUUCAGAUUUUGCGCAGAAUGCAACAAUAUGUUGUACCCGAAAGAAGACAAAGAAGAUCAACGUCUACUCUACGCAUGUCGAAAUUGUGGAUACACUGAAUUGGCCGAAAACCCAAAAGUCUACCGUCAUGAAUUAAUGACCAAUAUUGGUGCUACAGCUGGUGUCGUUGAAGAUAUUGGUAACGACCCAACUUUACCUAGAAGUGAUAAAGAAUGUACACGUUGUGGCAAUCGUGAUUGUGUGUUUUUCCAAUCACAGCAACGACGUAAAGAUACCAGUAUGAUUUUGUUUUUUGUAUGUCUAGAAUGCAAAAAUGUGUUUCAAGCAUAA